GCAACUCGUGGUGUUGAAUAUACAGAAACGUCUAUGCACUCGCGCAUCCUCGUCUAAGUCUGUUUUAGGUUUUUUUUUUAAUAUAUAUUUUAGAUCAUUUUGUUAGGUAUUAAUAUAACGCAAAAUCAUGAAAGAGAGAAGAAACGCACAGCCAUUGGUGGUCAGAUGUAAACUGGUGCUGGUUGGGGAUGUUCAAUGCGGGAAAACUGCGAUGUUACAGGUUUUGGCUAAGGAUUGUUAUCCAGAGACGUACGUGCCCACAGUAUUCGAGAACUACACAGCCUGUCUGGAGCUCGAUGACCAGCGCGUUGAACUGAGUUUAUGGGACACGUCAGGAUCUCCAUACUAUGAUAAUGUGAGACCCCUCUGCUACAGUGACUCUGAUGCAGUGCUCCUUUGUUUUGACAUCAGUCGUCCAGAUAUCUUUGACAGUGGACUUAAGAAGUGGAGGGCUGAGAUCAUCGACUUUUGCCCCAGUACUCGUAUUCUCCUUGUUGGUUGCAAGACAGACCUUCGGACGGAUGUAUGCACGCUGAUGGAGCUGUCCAAUCAGAAACAAACACCCAUCACUCAUGAGCAGGGCUCUGCCAUGGCCAAACAGUUGGGUGCUGAGGCUUAUCUGGAGUGUUCGGCCUUCACCUCUGAGAAGAGCAUCCACAGCGUGUUUCGCACUGCUGCGCUGGCUUGCAUCAACAAGCUACAGCCGCUCGCCAAACCCAGCCCGACCCGCCGGCUGUCCAAACGCCUGCUCCACCUGCCCAGCAAGACUGAGCUCCUCUCCUCCACCUUCAAGAAGGAGAAGGCCAAGAGUUGCUCUGUAAUGUGAGUGGAGAACUUCACCCCCCAUAACAAAAGCUACACCAUUCCCUGCGCUUUGGUCUGGGGAAGGGGGGGUGGGUUCCGAUUGCCUCAUCAAUGACGUGUGGAAUCCUUCCUCACCCCCCAAAGAAACACCUUUCAGAACGAGUGGACACCUCGCUGUCCUCCUUGUCCUGAGCUCUUCAACAGUGCAUAUGUAUUUUCAGUACUGUAUCUUGCUUUUAAACGAGAUUCCAUCAUCAGCCGUCAUCUAUUCACUCCUGUCAUUGUGUCAGUUGAACCUCGGAAUGAUUCAACGAAGUAAAUCGGAAACGGAUGUUUCAAAAAGAUUCUCAAGUUCAGUGUAAGCUAUUCGAUCUAUAAAUACAAGAUCUGUGGUGUACAAUUCAAAAGAAAUACCUACAGAAUGCACUAAAAUUGUGAAGCUGUGCAGAGAGGAGAAGGCGGCCCAUUUGGCAUUGUCACACUAGGUGAAUUGGCGGCAGUGUAGGAAGUGAAAUGUGAUUAAGGAAGAGCCGGCAAUAUCUGAACCCUCAGAUGGAGGAAUAGAAGGAAAAGGUCCAAAAAUAAAUGUAUAAAGACAAUAUAUGAUGCUACCAAAGUCAGUUUUCCCUUCUUUCCUCUACUGCAACACCUUCUUAUAUAUACACGCUUCUAUUUUUAGAGGCAAUAGCUAUCUGAGAGAUAUGGGUGUGACUGGGGAAUAUAUUACAGUGAUUAUCUGUAUCCUAAUGUCUCCUGCUGCUCUCUAGUUUAGGCAACCAUGAAUUUGCAAAGGGAUCUGUACACUAGAUAUGCGAGGGCUCAGUCGGAUCAAAUUUGGCACGAUGAAUAAGCUUUCAUUCCUGAAAAUGACCUCUGGAGAGGUAUUCUGAAACCAACAGAUUCCAAAUGUAUGUAAGAAGGUUUUCAAGUCACCUGGUUUGAGAUGUUUAAGAUCAGACCAGCUUGGGUUUAGUUCGUCAUGCAUCACAACCCUCUAACUUGCGAGUAAAUCGCUCACACAUGCGAAUAAAUCUUUAUUCUGGUCACUAAAUGAUGUCUAAUAUUAGCCAAUGGCUAAUAAAUUCUCAAUUUUUACUUGCCAUUGUGUUAAUUGGAGGCUAAGUAUAAGUUUAGCACAGAUAUAUUUUCACUCGCAAACACUCUCUGACUGAGCGCUUUAGAGUUUCACUCUCCAUCAAGCGAUCUGUGAUAUUUCUCAGUUCAUCUCCAUGGAUGCACAGCGCACCUGUACUUGAUGUACCGUAAACUGUAGUGUGAAGGAACACAAAUCGUCGUCGCUUUCUCUCAAACACACACAGAGACCAAGAGACAGAGAGAGUGAAUUGACGCGCUACAUUUAAACAAUAUUUUUUGUUGUAUUUUCCUGUCAAAAUAACAGCGUUCCUAUGGAAGUCUUCAGCUUUUAAGAACAGCAGGGUUUCCCGGAAGUGGGUGGAGUUAAUGUGUUCCAUUGAUUUUUUAACACAUUAAUGUGUUAAUGUGCAAAUCAGUUCUAGCGAACGCACAAAACCUGAUUAAUAUUCAUGAAUCCAGCAGCUAAUUAAUUCUUAAUAAUCCUAAGUGUGUUUAUAGCUUUAUUAUUAGAAUUCGUACCAUUAUUAUCCUAUCAGUAUUUUUGUUAGUUUUUUCCCAAUUUCUUUUGUCAGAAACUUUGAAUGACAUAAAAAACACCUCUCAAGUUAAAAUUUUCAGUUAAAAUGACUACCGUAUUUUCCGGACUAUAAGUCACACUUUUUUUCAUAGUUUGGUUGGUCCUGCGACUUAUAGUCAGGUGCAACUUAUUUAUCAAAAUUAAAUUGACAUGAACCAAGACAAAUGAACUAGGAGAAAUGAACCAAGAGAAAACAUUACCGUCUACAGCCACGAGAGGGCGCUCUAUGCUGCUCAGUGUUCCUGUAGUCUACACUGAACACAUAGAGCGCCCUCUUGCGGCUGUAGACGGUAAUGUUUUCUCUUGGGUCUAAAUAAAUGCGACUUAUAGUCCAGUGCAACUUAUAUAUGUUUUUUUUCCUCGGCAUGACUUAUUUUUGGACUGAUGAAACUUAUACUCCGGUGUGACUUAUAGUCCGAAAAAUACGGUAAUAUGCAUUCAAACAUGGUUUUCAAAUUUACUUACUACUACUUACUUAAAUUAUAUUAAAUAAUAAUUUAUUAUUAUGACGCUUGACUGACUGAUGUUAAAAAGUGUAUUUAAAAAACUGCUACAUUUUACACACACACACAAACAAACAUAUAUAUAUAUCUAUAUAUAUCAGUCUGGCAAGUAAACUAAAAUAUUUACUAGCCAAUGGCGAUUCAAUUGCCAAGGUGUCCGUAGAGGGUUGAUCUUAUGUAGCAUUCUGUCAUCGAGCAGCAGAAUCUCCCGUUUCUUUGCCUCCAUGCUCAUUUGCAGCACUAGCAGCUGAAAUAUUUGUGGAUAUCAUCCAAUGUGUUUCUAAACUUGAUUAUCAAUGAAAAAAAAAAACAUGUUUUCAUGUGCAAAGUGAAGUCUGCUUUCCACCACACAGCAAUAAUUAUGGUUGAAGUGCUUAUAAUGCAAAGUGUGUACAGUGGCAAUAAUGAAAACAAAAUAAUUAAAAGGCUAUUAUAAAAAUGAAUGCUACUGCUUUGUGGACAUACGUAUAUUAAUGUGGAUAUUCAUCAGCGCAGCUGUAAAAACAAGCCAAUAUAUUGUGACCGUUCAGCCUUUGUUAAAGAAAUUAGACAAAAAUAUGACCAUUGGAGUGCAACACUUUUUUUCUUCUCCUUUUCAAUUGAAUAGGAAUAUUAGUUUUCUGUUCAUGAGCAUAAAGGGAGGUUAAUGCACGAGAACCAGAAGGACUGGAAGGAGAUUCAGACAGGAUCUUUUAAAUCUAUGGAUCAGCUGACCUGAGAAGGGCUUUGAUGUUUGUGAAUCUGCGAGGUCAAACUGGAAAUUGAAGACGACGUUUGGAAUAAAACUGAACAGGCUGGUCCUGUUUCUUGAAAGAUAUUUUUCCAUUUUUGAACUGUUGUUCAGAUCAUUGUUUUUGCUUUAUUUGUGUAUACUUGAAGUCAAUAUUUUUCUCAUUUUGCUCAAUCGUCAGUGGUGGAAGGGAAGAUGCGAGCAGCCGCUGUGGCUGUUUACAAGUUCUGCCACUGUGAUCACACACCAAAUUCCUUUUUGCAUUGUCUAGUGACUGCGUAAAUAAAGAAACUUAAGAUGAAUUUUGGGUUGAUCAGCGUGUAUUCAUGACACACGGCUGGUCAGACAUUGUAGUUCUGUGUGAUGGUGAUGGAGAUGGACAUUCAAUCAUUAUGCUGCCAUUGCACAAUGUUGGGAACAAAUACACUUCAAGCAUGCCCUCUAGGUCUUCAGUUGUACAUAUCUCAUUUUGUAAUCUUUGUAAGACAUCUAAAAGAAUGUCACGAGAUUAAGUAUUUGUUUAUGUUGUAGAUUGACAAAGAUGUGCUUGAUGUAAAACUGCUUGGUCUUAUUUAUUUGGAUUCAUCAUUUGAGGUAACUGUUUUCUUUUUGUGUUUUACAUGGGUUUUAUUUCCAAAUGUUAUUUUUGAAAUAACUUCUACCUUUGUCUUUCCAGUAAUAAAGCUUGCCUUUGUGUGGCACACAUGA